AUGGCCGCUACCACCACCUUGAGCUCCAGCUCUGUCGCCACAUCUCUUGGCGCUUCUUCCUACGCCAAGGAUAUCUCGGCUUCCAGGAGCCUGACCCUCGGCUUCUCGAGGCAAGACGGUCUUGGCAAGACCUUCAAGGCUAGGUGCGCUAAGGCCGCCAAGGCCUCUGCCGUCCCCGCCCAGAAGUCGACUCGCGUCUUUGCCGUGAAGGCGGAGGCCCCCCUUGUCGGCAAUUUUGCCCCUGACUUCGAGGCUGAUGCCGUCUUUGACCAGGAGUUCAUCAAGGUCAAGCUGAGCGAGUACCUGUCUCAGGGCAAGUAUGUCGUCCUCUUCUUCUACCCUCUGGACUUCACAUUCGUCUGCCCCACUGAGAUUACUGCCUUCAGCGACCGCUAUUCGGAGUUCGAGAAGAUCAACACCGAGGUUCUUGGCGUCUCUGUGGACAGCGUGUUCUCUCACCUUGCCUGGAUCCAAACCGACCGCAAGUCCGGUGGUCUUGGCGACCUCAACUACCCCCUCGUGGCUGACCUGACCAAGUCCAUCAGCAAGAAGUACAACGUCCUCAUGGAGGAUGGCAUUGCUCUUCGUGGCCUGUUCAUCAUCGACCCCAAGGGUGUUAUCCAGCACUGCACCAUCAACAACCUCGCGAUUGGCCGCUCCGUGGAUGAGACCCUGAGGACACUGCAGGCCGUGCAAUACGUGCAGAGCAACCCCGACGAGGUGUGCCCUGCUGGCUGGCAGCCUGGGGAGAAGACCAUGAAGCCCGACCCCAAGGGCAGCAAGGAGUACUUUGCCGCCAUCUAA